CCGCCGAUUACCCGCAGCCUCUGAUUAAACUAGUAUGAGUAUAUGAUUCGGCUGCAGACGUUCCAUUGUGGCAUGCGAUGCUGUGGAGUGUUUUCUAGGAAUCGCCGAUUAUUGCAGAUGCUAUGUGCAGGUGACACGACAGCUAACCGGAGCGGUUAUCAGUUUGUUAGCUAGUCAACACAGUGCCAAGUAAGGCGCGCUGAGCUUGAUGCCGGACUCUGGAGGCGGCGUUGGAUCACAGAUGUUGGAAGUGUCGACUAUGGAGAAGAAAAAAACUUCAAAGGAUGGGCUGUUGCGUCAGUACGAAUUGUCGUGGUUAGAAUCGAUUACGGCCCGCGUUCUGCGGCAGGGCCGUAUACCUAAGCACUUAGCGGUCAUUAUGGACGGCAAUCGUAGAUAUGCCAAACUGCAUAAAAAAACAGCAAUUGAAGGUCACAAUGAAGGCUUUAAUAAGUUGUCGGAAGUGUUGUUUUGGUGUCGUCAGCUUGGCAUCACUGAGGUGACGGUAUACGCAUUCUCUAUAGAAAAUUUCAAACGAAAUCAAAAAGAAGUGGAUGCGUUAAUGAAUCUAGCAGAAAACAAGUUCCGUGAAAUUCUUGAAGAUCGAAAACAGUUAGAAGACGAAGGCGUCCGAAUCCGAGUGCUUGGCAACACUACCUAUCUGCCCGUGUCACUUCAGCAGGUGUGCGCGGAACUCACACUAGUAACCCAGCAUAACACGAAAUACUUUCUUAAUAUUGGACUGAGUUAUACGUCUCGGGAGGAGAUGUGUACUGCAAUUGAAAAUCUGGUUGCAGGCGCGAACAAAGGCAUUGUUAAAGUACGACAUUUCAGUGAAGCGCUCUUAUCGUCAGCAAUGUAUUCACGUGACUCGCCUGACCCAGACCUUUUGGUGCGGACCUCCGGUGAAGUUCGACUAUCGGAUUUUCUAUUGUGGCAGACGGGUUUUACUGUGGUCGAGUUCAUUCCGUCAUUAUGGCCAGAACUUACUUUUUGGCAAUUUCUAGCUGCGAUACUGCACUAUCAAUGGCAAGCUCGAAGAAUUAUCGGCUGUACAGGAUAUAGUGAAAUGGGCGGGAAAAAAUCGACGUCGCUAAUCGAAGCGGAGGACUUCGGUACCUGUGCAGCGAAAACAUCCGGAGUAUCGGAGUUUGACGAGUUUAUUGAACAGCGCAGAGUACAACGACUAAAAGACGCUUCCUUAGGUAACACCAUCCAACAAGUAUGGACUGGCGACAAUGUCGUUUAACUAUAUUGAUUUCUUAGUGAAUGUACAGUUAAGGAAAGUGCGCAAACGAUGAACUUCUCAAGGAGAUUAUCGAGCCGAGAAAAUAUUUUAAUUUUAUGUGAACCGUGUGCGAGAGGUAUACUGUAGUGUCAAAUAUUAACAAAUUAUUUUUUAGACCGGUUCGUUCACUCUACGUGUGCCACACCAAGAUGCAAUGAAGUAAUAAUAAAAUCAAUGUUAUUGUAUUGUGUAUAAAAUAAAUAUAAAUAUAUAUACAUAUACUAUA